AUGGGACCCAAGAAGCCAGCCCCGGCGCCGGCCAAGCCAGGCAAGGAUAUCCAAGACGAUGGACCGCAGGUGAUUGUGUCGGAGGACCGUGAGCGUCUCGCAAUUCAUCCACCUCCAGAGAACGUGCCGCCACUGUCCAUCCCAUCUGCAAUGCCAAAAGUGAGCUUUCCAGAAUGGAACGAUAAUCUUGAGCAUGAGAACUGGUUCACUCCAGCGGCUCCUUUCGAAGAUCCGACGGGAUUGCCCACGCUACCUCCUCAUAUCGACUCGACAACGAUAACGUGGAAGCGGCCCCAACAGUAUCUGCCACCGCUGCCUGAACCUGCGAAGCCCGCGGCGUCCGUUGCGGCAGUCAAGACCCCCGGUGGCGGCACAAAAAAGGGCAACUUGGCCCCUGGCAAGAAGAACGAGCCCGUCGAUGUCAAGGCAGAAGAGCCUAAAGUUCCCCGUUGUUGCUACGUGCUCUACGAUGCUUCGCUGGACCCGAUGGUUGAGAAGUUCGAAGGAUCGCAUCCUGGGUUUGCCCCACCAUUGCAUGCGGAGCGCUUCGAGUGGGCCAACGACUUUCAACGUGUGUGGAGUGCGGAGCAAGCCCACGACAUCAAGCGAUGGGAAGCAGAAGAAGCCCGCAUUCAAAGCGAAAAGGAAAAGAAGGAGCUGGCAUUGAUGACGUACGAGGAGAGCUGUUUGGUCAAGCUUCAAAAGGCAAUCGCCGCCCACAAACAAGCAACAGAAGCCGAAUUAAACGACGAAGACUUGCUCGACGACGGUGACGAUGGUGACGAGACCUUUGACUUUCCGACGACCGGCGAACCAGCCCCCAUGCUCUUUACCGAUAUUUUUGGCUCGGCCCCCGUGAUAGAAAUCGAACCGAAUCCGGUGGUCAAACCCACGAUCCCGGAAGGAGAUUACGUGGAUGCGCCACUGGCGUCAGGAUGUCGAGUCGUGAGUCGGCUGGUCGAUCGACUGGUGGCCAACCAGCCGUUCUUUUGGGAGGCGAUUUAUCCCCAAACAGUGACAGCGACGAACCGACGGAUUCCGACCGUCAACCCGGGGGGAAAGUACCUCGUCAAGUUGUUUGUGAUGGGCAAGUGGCGGAAAAUCGAAGUCGACGACCGCAUGCCGCUGGACGAACAUGGCAAAGUCGUGAUCCUGAGCAGUUCCGUGGCGAGUGAGAUCUGGCCGACGCUCCUGGCCAAAGCCAUCUACAAGGUUUUUGCAUGGACCAGCACACUGCCCUCCAUGAAUCAGCCCGCGACCGUGCCGCAGUCAGUCGGAUUCAUCCUCAAUACCCUGACCGGGUGGAAAUCGCGAUCGUACGUGGGGUUGACGGACCCCAAAGCGGCCGACGAAAUCGCCAAAGUCACGCCAUGCUUGGACGCGAGAGUGCCGCCGAAUUUAGAAGUCCAACCGACCGUGACCACAAGUAACGUCCUCUUGGUGUGUUCGCUUGCAAGUAUCAAGACGCGCGUGUUCAACUCGUCGUGCGGCGAAGCCUUCGUGAUGUCGAGCAUUCGCCCGUCCCAGCCAGGGCAGUUGUUCUCGAUGAACAUUUUUACGCUGCAUCCGCACAUGGCCCCCCACGAAACCCUCCACUUCACGUCGGAUUCGAUCGAGUACCACAAACUCACAACGGUCGUGCUGCACACAUUGCCAAUGUACACGCACCAGUUGGUCGAAGAGUGGAGCAUCGAUGACGACCCUACUGACAACCGCUCCAUCCAUCGGCCGUAUCCACACGCGUUGCCCAAGUGCCUCACGGUCCAUGUUCCCGAAACCGUGACGUCCACAACCUUGUACGUGACACUGACGUGCGCGCCGAUCGACGUCGAUGCAGCUUCGCCCACGACGCCAUUGCCACCCAGCGGGGACAGAGGCAUGAUGUUUGUUGAGAAGAAGCAGCUGAGCUGGCCGACGCCAUCGCUUUCGACAAUCAAUCAAAACGCGGGGGUGCUCAAAGCAAACGUGACGUGGCCAUUCGACGUCGUCGGCCCGGGUGUUCACGUCUACCGGUUGUACCCGCACGACCUCGCGAACGGGUACAGCUUGGAAGUCGAGAGCGACGUGCCCAUCCACGUGCAUCCCAUCGACUCGUGCUUGAAGGAAGUUUGCAAAAUGAACGUCGAGCUCUUAGAUGGAUCGUACAACGCCAUGGCGCAUGGCACGUGGCACGUUGUCCAUCGAUUCAACAUGACGCUGACGGCACCUGAUGCGCGCCCGGAACAGAAUCGGCUUUACCUUGGCUUUCACAUGUUCGACGCGAACGCGACGCCGUACUUUCACGUGCAUCUCGUCAACAACACGUCGAGCGAGUCGACGCGACUUAGUCUGCUGGGAGGUUACUUUGAUUUGACCAGCGUCCACCCGUCCGAGAGCUACACCGUUGUGCUCGAGUGCCUGCCAUGCCCGAACGUGGUCAUUCCACCAAACACGUUUCACAUCACGGUCGCAAGUGACUGGGUGAUUCACACACCGUUGACGCAGAUUCCCGUCGUGCCAUCGAUCUUUGCUGGGUCGUACACCCCCAACAAGUCCCUAACGUUGUUUCGUGACCAGUAUGUGCCUGAGGUCGGUGAAGACGAAGGCAAGGCGUCGUCCAAAUCGAGCGGCGUCUCGGCGGCGCCGCAGCUGUCGAUGGCUGCCAUCCACACUUGUUUCAAACUGUCGACAUCGUUUCAAAAUGCCGCGAUCAAACUCGAAGUCGUCGAUGCUGCGACUGGAAGCGUCCUUUUCAAGUCCACGGGCUACAACUGCACGCAGAUCAUGCAGCUGCCCAUGUGCUCGGACCAUGGCAGCGGCCCGUCGGGCUACAUUGUGCAAGGCACGUUCGACGAGACGAAAUGGGUGGUCCCGGACUCAUUGCGUUCUGUCCAUCCGUACAACGGACUGAUUUCGAAACCUCGCGACGCGACGCCCGACAUGUACACACCGGGCACGAGCUUUCCUCCCACCCCCGCCGUCAGCACCUCAACGCGCGAAGAAGGACAUCCCUCAGACACCACGUGGCGACUCGAAGUGUUUGGCAUGGUACCCGCCAAACUCACACCCGAUUGCACGGCGCUAAACAAGUACGCCGCCAUCAAACACAGCUGGGAAGUAGCGGAGCGUGGGCGAGAAGUGCGCGGCGUUGUGAGCCGACUGCUGUUUGUGGGAAAGCGCCAGGAAGCGAUCGAUCGCAUGGUAGCGGCAGAGUACACUCCCGAGCAGCAAAAGGAGAUGCUCGCUCGAUACGACUUUCUCUUUGGGGACGGCUGUGCUCCGAUCACGGAAGUUGGUGGGUCAGAGCCCGAAGUCUUGCUCGGGUCCGACUUUUUUGCAGCCGAGACGCAAAAGUUGGCCCAAGAUUUAGAAGACAUCAAAGCGCACAUGGAGCAGGCGGCCAAGGACCGCGCCGCGGAAGCGGCCGCGCGAAAGCUCGAGAUGGAGCACAUAAAAGCAGAAAUGGCCGAGUUGCGCCAGGCGAUGGUGCUGGAACGCGAAAAGCUGUGGACCAAGCGCGAAGAGAUUCGCAAACAGCAAACCAACCCGACUCCGCCGUCCUUAUUUCCAUAA